UCUCUUUUUCAACCCAAUCUCCUUCUCCUUCCCCACCAUAUCACCACCACCACACCACACAACCAUUCUAGCUCAAGCCAUCAAUAAUGGCAGCCUUCACAAACCUCAUAAUCAAACCCCCUCAAAAUCUUUGCUCCACAACCAAACUCAACAAUUUUUCUUCCCAUUACAACCCUAAACUCCAAUCAUUCUUUCCUAUAAAACCUCAAAAAUCUAUCUUACCACCACCACUUUUUAUAGCAAAUGCCACUGGUAGCGGCGCUGCUACCAGUACUGGCAGCGCUGCAGCCAGUGGAACUGCAAAGACAAAAAAAGAAGAAGACAAAGUUGUACGUGUCCACACUAUGGUCGAAUUCGACCAAGCUUUACGUGAUGCUAAACAAAAAUUGGUAGUGGUUGAAUUUGCGGCAACUACUAGUAAACAAAGCAGCGAUAUGUAUCCGUUUAUGGUGCAGUUAAGCCGGACAUGCAGUGACGUGGUGUUUUUGUUGGUUGUGGGUGAUGAAUCUGAUGAUACGAAAGAGCUCUGUGAGAGGGAGAAGAUUGACAAGGUGCCUCACUUUAGCUUUUAUAAGAAUAUGGAGAAGAUUCAUGAAGAAGAAGGGAUUGGGCCAGAUAUGCUAAUGGGUGAUGUUUUGUAUUAUGGCGAUAAUCACUCCGGCGUUGUACAACUCCAUAACAGGGAAGAUGUCGAGAAGCUAAUUGGCGAUCACAAGGCGGAUGGCAAACUUCUUGUGCUUGACGUUGGCCUAAAACAUUGUGGCCCGUGUGUGAAGGUGUACCCUACCGUGCUAAAACUAUCGAAACAGAUGGAUAACGCUGUUUUUGCAAGGAUGAAUGGUGACGAGAACGCUAGUUGUAUGCAAUUCUUGAAAGACAUGGACGUGGUUGAGGUUCCGACCUUUUUGUUCAUUAGAGAUGGGGAGAUAUGUGGGAGGUACGUCGGGUCAGGUAAAGGUGAGCUUAUCGGAGAAAUUCUUAGAUACCAAGGAGUUCGGGUCACUUAUUAACUAGUUGGAUACAUCCAUAUUUGAAGAAAAACGAACCAAAGUCGAGAUUGUUUACGCAUAGACAUUAAAAGGAUUGUAUAUGUAUGGUAAAAAAUUUCUAGUUACAACGUUAUACAUUAUAAUGUUGUUUGAAUCUUCAUGGCGAGAGGAUCCAUCGAUCUGUCAAUGUAUUUAGUAGACUUUCGUUUUAAAAUGAAGUGUGUACCAGUUAUAUAAAAGAUAACUAUCCAAUAUUAAAGUAA